AUGCCUUACACUGCUAUUGACGUCGAUCAAGAAGAGAAGUUCUACCAACAACAAGUCCAGGAGAUCAAGGAAUGGUGGUCCCAACCUCGUUGGAACAAGACCAAGAGAAUCUACACUCCUGAAGAAAUCGCUAAGAAGAGAAGUAGUUUGAAAAUCGACUACCCAUCUUCCGUGCAAGCCAAGAAGUUGUUCGGACUCUUGACUGAACACGACAAGAAGAAGACCGCUUCCUUCACCUUCGGUGCUUUGGACCCAAUCCAUGUCGCUCAAAUGGCCAAGUACUUGGACUCCAUCUACGUUUCCGGAUGGCAAUGUUCUUCUACUGCUUCCACCUCCAAUGAGCCAUCUCCAGAUUUGGCUGAUUACCCUAUGGACACUGUUCCAAACAAGGUGGAACACUUGUGGUUCGCCCAGUUGUUCCACGACAGAAAGCAAAGAGAAGAAAGAUUGGGCUUGUCCAAAGAACAAAGAGCUAAGACCCCAUACAUCGACUUCUUGAGACCUAUUAUUGCCGAUGGUGACACUGGUCACGGUGGUAUCACUGCCAUCAUCAAGUUGACCAAGAUGUUCGUUGAAAGAGGUGCUGCUGGUAUUCACAUCGAAGAUCAAGCCCCAGGUACCAAGAAGUGUGGUCACAUGGCCGGUAAGGUCUUGGUCCCAGUUCAAGAACACAUCAACAGAUUGGUCGCCAUCAGAGCCUCUGCUGAUAUCUUGGGCUCCGACUUAUUGGCCGUUGCCAGAACCGAUUCUGAAGCCGCCACUUUGAUCACCUCCACCAUCGAUCACAGAGACCACUACUUCGUUAUUGGUGCCACCAACCCAGACGCUCCAGAAUUGGCCUCCCUCAUGGCUGAAGCCGAAUCCAAGGGUAUCUACGGUGAUGCUUUGGCUGCCAUCGAAGUCGAAUGGACCAAGACUGCCGGUUUGAAGUUGUUCCACGAAGCCGUCAUUGACGAAAUCAAGAGUGGAAACUACUCCAACAAGGAAGCCUUGAUCAAGAAGUUCACCGACAAGGUUAACCCAUUGUCUGGUGCCUCCAACAAGGAAGCCAGAAAGCUUGCCAGAGAAAUCUUGGGCAAGGACAUCUACUUCAACUGGGAAGUUUCCAGAGCCAGAGAAGGUUACUACAGAUACCAAGGUGGUACCCAAUGUGCUGUGAUGAGAGGUAGAGCUUUUGCUCCAUACGCUGACUUGAUCUGGAUGGAGUCCGCUUUGCCAGACUACAACCAAGCCAAGGAAUUCGCUGAAGGUGUCAAGGCUGCAUUCCCAGACCAAUGGUUGGCUUACAACUUGUCUCCAUCUUUCAACUGGAACAGAGCUAUGCCACCACACGAACAAGAGACCUACAUCAAGAGAUUGGGUGAAUUAGGUUACGUCUGGCAAUUCAUCACCUUGGCUGGUUUGCACACCACCGCUUUGGCUGUGGACGACUUCUCUCGUCAAUACGCUGAAAAGGGUAUGAAGGCUUACGGUCAAACCGUUCAACAACCAGAAAUCGAAAGAGGUGUUGAAGUUGUCAAGCAUCAAAAAUGGUCUGGUGCCGAGUACAUUGACGGUUUGUUGAAGAUGGUUACCGGUGGUGUCAGUUCCACCGCUGCCAUGGGUGCUGGUGUCACUGAAGAUCAAUUCAAGGAGAUCAAGGAAAAAGCAAAGGGUAACCUUUAGAGGUGACAGUUAGCGAGCUAACACUCCCCUAUAUAUAAUAUCCACCGGUACAGGUACCUAUUUAGUGACUUAUACUUAUUUAUUACGUAUGCCAGAAUCAAUUGUAG